AUGCCGGGCUCGUCCCGGUUCGUGAGCCAGUUCUGCGCGCUCUGUGUCAAGAACUGGACCAUUCUCUUCAAACAUCCUUUUGCAAGUGUCUCCAAUCUCUCUCUUUUCCGCUGUCUCAUAGGCCCCAUCGCGAUUGGCAUCCUGCUCGCAUACUCACCAAGCUUCACCUCAAAGCCUGAUAUCGGCGGCCUCGGGUCUAUGAUCCCUGUCCGCGCCCUCGCCGACGCCUUUGAUGCUCGACGGAUCCUGCUCUGGUCUGACGACACAAACUCUACUACUGCAGGCUUCACUGCAGAUGACCUUGUCGCCCGUAUGACCGCUGGCUUCUCUAGCAAACAGCUUGCCGCAUUCCACAAGGUCACUACGGAUGAGAUCGCAGGCCGUUGUGUCGAGAACCCAAACGGCAAGUCUCGGUGCUUCGCAGCUGUCACGUUCGAACAACUCCCCGCGCGCGGCAACAACCAGACCAUCAAUUACACAAUCCGAGUUGACGACUCAAUCGGCUCCAUUGACGUCAAGGGGCACAAUAGCGACUACGAAGUCAGAGUACUGCCCGUGCAGUGGGCCGUUGAUAGUGCGAUUAUCGAGGUCCAGACGGGUACGAAGCCUCCUACCCCACUCGAGUGGCCGUUUGUUUGGGGUUUUGGAGACCAAGCCAGUGAUCCCCGACUCAACUUCCUCGAGAUGGUCGGCUUUCUUUUACAGCUUCCAUUUUAUAUCUGUCUCAUCGGUAUUGCGUACCAUAUCCCAGGAGCCGCCACCGCCGAGCGUACAGUGGGUCUUACAAGCCAUAUGAAGGCUAUGGGAUUGUCUGACGCUGCCCGAGUCUUGUCAUGGCAUCUCAGUCUCUCGCUCGCUUAUCUCCCGGCAUGGCUUGUCCUCUCCAUCGUCUGGAAGGUCAAGCUAUUCACCCUCACCAACUAUGGUUUCAUAUUCGCUCUCUGCCUCCUUACCGGCCUCGCAACCGCCUCGUUUUCGAUGUUCAUUAUGGCGCCUUUCGGGAAGUCUCCUUCACUCGCUGCAAUUCUUUCGACGCUCUGCUGCCUCGUCCCGAUCACGAUCACUAUGUUCUGGACGAGCAUCAACCCCACCGCUGCUGCCAUCCUCACAUUCUUUUUCCCGACCUUCUUCUUCGGCUGGACAUUUGUUGCGAUUAUCAACUUCGAAACCUUUCUCCUACCCGCUUCCCUCACGGAGCAGACCCUGCAGGACUUCCCACCUCCGACAAUCCUCCCAAUGUUGAUCGCUGUCAUCAUCGCGAUCUUCUUCUGGCCCAUUGCUGGCGCUCUCAUUGAGCGUUGGCGGUUCGACCCCUGGAACCCGUUCGGGUUGCGUGCGCCGUUAUGCGGUCGCCGCACAAAGGACGAGAAGACGCACACACACCCUCCCGGCAUCGCGAUCUCCAUCCGCGGGCUCGAGAAGUCGUUCCAGACGUCCGUGUUCAGGCGCAAAUCAGGGCUCGUCACGGCCGUUCAAGACCUCACGCUCAACAUCCCGGAGCACGGCAUCUUCGCGCUGCUUGGACCCAAUGGGUGCCGCGGGCAAGUCAACACUCAUGGCCGUCCUCGGGGGCUCACUGGGCGCACGCGCGGGACGGUUCUCUACGGGGACGGCGUGCUAGAGCCCGCGCGUGGGAGCAUCGGGAUCGUGCCGCAGAAGAACGUGCUCUUUGAUGAGCUUUCGUGCCUGCAGACCCUCCGGCUCUGGCGCAAGAUCAAGACCGCAGGUAACGUGGGCGCGCCACGCGAGUCGGACGCGGACCUCGAGGGUCUCCUUCGCGACUGCGAUCUGGCGGAGAAAAUUCAUUACCCGUCGGGCAAGCUCAGCGGUGGACAGAAGCGGAAGCUUCAGCUCGCCAUCGGGUUGGUAGGAGGAUCAUCGAUUGUCUUGGUCGACGAAGCAACGUCAGGUGUCGAUCCGAUUUCACGGCGCGCAAUCUGGAAGACGCUUGCCGCAGUGAAGGAGUCGAGAACGAUUGUCUUCACGACGCACUUCCUGGACGAGGCCGAUCUGCUCGCGGACGACAUUGCCGUUCUUGCGACCCCCGGAAAGCUCGUCGCGCACGGUACCUCAAUCUCACUCAAAUCGACUCGCGGCGAAGGCUACAAGCUGCGAAUAAAUUUCAACGCGGAGACUGUCAAGACCGGAAUCCCGGAGUCCGAUGUCCUACAGUUCGUGCAGCGCACCGCGCCGGCGGCCUAUGUGACCACGACGGGGCCUCGAGAGCGUGCUUUCCACCUCAAGACUACGGAUCUCCACGUCGUCAAGCAGGUGCUGGAGGACGUCGACAAGGAGAAGGCGCGCAUGCAGAUCUCUUCGUAUUCGGUGUCGGCCGCGUCCAUCGAAGACAUCUUCCUGGAGCUGAUGGACGCAGAGGACAAGAACGAGGAUCUGGAGAACACUUCUAAGGACAAUAUCGUGGAGGCCGGUGGCAGCGCCGAGCAUGAUGGAGCACACGAGGGAGUCGAGCUGACGACCGGCGUGCAGCAUUCCGUCUUCGGUCAAGCCCUCACGAUCUGUUACAAGCGGCUCCUGAUCCUCCGUCGAUCCUGGCUCGCACCUCUCCUUGCCCUUACUUUUGUCAUCAUCCCGUCCGUGAUCCCGCUCAAAUUCCUUGUAACAGGUGGCAACAAGUGCGACGUCGUUGAUCGCGAAUUCAGAGGGGAUUCGCUAUAUAUUGCCACUUCGCCGCUCCAAUUCCUGUUCGGAGAAGAUCCGGGGCCCUCACUCUUCCCUCCAGACGCUCUCGCGCCGCUCAACGUGUCCGGCGUGCUCACCAACACCUCGCUCCCCUUCACCUCCAACACAUCCUUUGUUGAGUACAUUAGCGGCAAUUUCGUCAACAUUUGGACCCCCGGUCUCAGCAUCGACUUCGAAACCGGUGCUGCACUCCUUGCCUGGAACGCCUACGAAACCCUCUCCGCUGCCACGUUCUUGAACGCCGCCUCCAACCUCCUCCUCAAUCACAAGCUCAACAGCACCGGGGCCGGCACGGGCUACGCCACCCCUCUACUAAUCACCCCAACCAUCGGCAGCUUCGCAUCCAAGAGCUUAGGCGACCUGACCCCCAUUAUAUGGGCCGCGGUGUUCAGCGCAGCGAUGGCCGUGUUCCCCGGGUUCUUCGCGUUGUACUUCUCGAACGGGCUGUCGAACCCAGCGGGGCUCUGGCUCGGGCAUCUGAUGUUCGACGCGAUGGCGACGACGUUCGCGGCGACCCUGCUCGUGAUCGUAUGGGCGGGAAAGUAUGCGUUCUUCUUCCACGGCUUGGGUUACUUGUGGCUCGUGAUAGUGCUUUACGGGAUCGCGAGUAUCCUGUAUGCGUACCUAUUUACGCUGUACUUCAAGUCCCUAUCGCUCUACACAAUGGCGUACCUGUUGGCCCAGACAUACGGAGAUGCUGUAGAGACGCAGUCGGUGUACGCCAUGAUUCACUUCACGGUGGGCCUCGUCUCCCCCCUUCCGAGCCUCGUAAGUUCGCGCCUCCUUCGUCGCCACCAAUCUCUUCUCAAUCCUCUGCGUCGGGGAAAUGGUUACUGGACCCUCCUCUACGGCAACAUUAUGCACUACGGCGGCCCGAUCCUCUACCUCAUUCUUCAAUCGCUCAUCUACUUCGGCAUACUCGUCUACGCGGACUCCUUCUCCCUGUUCGCAGCACCCUCAUCCGCCUCCGGACGAAGGGCCUCCGCGCACGAAACUCGCUGGCAUCCACGGAGAAUGUUCGCCUUACAUCCGCAUCCGCCACGGAUGGCAAGGAUAUCGCUCUUCGGCUUCAACGUUUCCAAGGACACCAUCUUCGCCCUCCUCGGUCCCAACGGCGCGGGGAAGACGACGACGUUCAACAUGAUUCGGGGCGACAUGACACCCGACUCGGGCGAAAUAUUUUUCACGGCCAUUGACGCGCAGCUCAGCGUCCGCCAACACCUGCGCGUGAAACCCUCGGUCGUGCUCGUCGACGAGUUCUCGACCGGAGUCGAUGCAAAGAUGAAGCGCGACAUGUGGAGCACACUCAAGCACGUCGCGCCCGGAAAGGCGUUCGUGAUCACCACUCGUGCAUUCCAUGGAGGAAGCCUCCACUCUCGCGAGCGAGUCGGCAUCAUCUCGCAGCGCUUGCUCGCUGUCGACACGACAGAUGCCCUUAUGGCCCGAUACGCGCGAUACCUGGUCCACUUCCCUGGCCGCACAUGCGAAGACGUUGUGCGUGCGCAGGAGGUGAUGGCACGUAUCCCUGGGGCGCGCCUUUGCGACGAUGUUGCGACGCGCUUCGAGGUCCCCAUCGGGAGCGCCGACGAGGACGUGCCCUCCCUUGCCGUGCUAUUUGGCCUGCUUGCGGACGCCGGCGUCAUCCGGGACAACGAAAGGUCCCCCAAUGGACAGGAUGAGAAGUUUGCCUGA